GUGUUGCAAAUUUCUAUUCCGAAAGUCAACAACGUAAUAUCUUCUGUUCUGUCAAAGAACUUCUGUGAGGUUGUGUGUUCGUAAGGUGAUUGACAAGGAUUGCGGAAAGGAUCAUUUAUUUGUGAAUUUGAUUUAUACAAUGUUAAAACUACUUGUGUGUUCAUUUUUAUGUAUUGCUGCUCUAGAAAUAGGUUUGUCUCAGCAACAGACCCAGUCAGGAUCUACACUUUUAGCCCAACAUUUUAGCAACAGAUGUCGGGAAUAUAGUUCUAAUGGGCAAAUUUAUGACCAAAUUAGAGUUGACACAGAAGAGCUAAAACGCUAUGCUAAAUACGCUUUUGGAUUUUUGCCAUCGAAAAAGGACCACUUUUGUCAAAAAGAGUUGCCACAUUUGAUUGGACGCGAAAGACAGAUCACAAAAAAUUUGGGCGAAUGCUUGCCUGAAAGCGAAAAAUUUAUUCCUGCGUUCUUUGAUGGUAUUUUCGAGAACUUUUUGAAAUUUCUCUGUGAUGGAGGCGGAGAAAAUAUUGACAAUUUCUUCAGUAGUCAUGGGGACGAAUGCAGAAAUCAACUCAAAGAAGUUGGGGCAGAAAGUUGUUUGGAAAAAAUAUUUUCUCCAGUGGGAUCAUCUAUAAGAAAAACUGAAAUGUGCGACGAUAUUGCCGUCGUGAAAAAGUGUUUCUCUCAAAAUUUGGAAAGGAAAUGUCCAGGAUUUAAGGCGUUCAAUACCCUAAACAAUCGACUAUUUAACUUUAUUGAGAAACCAUGCUCAACCUCUGGCUCCAGAGCAUCAGUGCCAUUUUUCCUGACAAUAAUAGCUAUAUUCCUAGUCACGCGUUUUUAAAUUUUAAUGAAAUUGUCUUAAAUGUUAAAAGUGUGCAAAAACAACAUUAGGAUGUAAAAUUUAACUUAAAGAAUUCUCAUCUGUUUUUAACUCAAUACUUUAUACUCAGUCUACUUUUUAGUUUAUCAUUUAUAAGUUAUAGGUCAGUUUUAUUUAAACCACAGACCAAACAAAGUAUUUUUUUAAACAUUUUGGUGUGACUAGAUUUGAAACUAUUAUACUUUACAUCACAAAAUUAAACUUAAAUUGCACUUUUUAGCUUUAUAACAACAAUUUUUGUUUUGUAUUUUUAUUAUUUUAAUGAGCACUCUACAAUGAGCUAAAGUCAAUGUGGUACACACACGCCUUAUAGAUUUUAUUCUGUCCAAUAGAUCUGAAGGGUGUUUCUUGGAACUUGCCACUGCUUUUUAUAGAAAUAAGAAACCACUAGAUUAACCAAUCAGCGGUGGAUAAUGCAAUGCUCUGAUUGGUCACUUCCCAUGAAAACUACAUGAUAUAGAAAAUAAAGUUGCAAGGUUUAAGAAACGCCCCUGUUGGAAUUAUUUGUUAAUUUUACUUAAAUAAUGUAAUUAUGUAUUUUAUACACGUUAUGUAAAUAAAGAUGUUAUGCUUCAAUGACAAAAUUAAAAAUG